AGCAGCUCCAGCCGAGUCAAGGCCUCACUGCGUGUGCUCAAGGUGUAGAAGCUAGAACGAUUGGAAAGUAAGACAUUCUACGAACUUAUCGAAAUAUGGAGAGGAAAGAAGAUGACGACGAUAUUGUCUGCUUGGAUGAGUCUUUCUUUAUUAACGACAACUAUCAACUUACAACCUUUACAUUUGGGUCUCAAGUGCUUGAGCUCUAUUGUCUCCAAUCAGCUUCAACUGAUUUUGAUCUUACAGGGCAAUUAGUGUGGCCGGGUGCCUUGCUUUUGAACAAUUAUCUUUCAAAAAACUCUGACAUGCUCCAAGGAUGUUCUGUUAUUGAAUUAGGCUCUGGUGUUGGUGUUACGGGAAUUCUAUGCAGCCUAUUUUGUACUGAGGUUGUAUUAAGUGACCAUAAUGAUGAAGUUGUCAAGAUCUUGAAGAAAAAUAUAGAGCACCAUAGAUCUUUGGAAACUUCUAGGAGUUGUGCUGCAGGAUUAGUUGCUGAGAAGCUAGAAUGGGGAAAUCCUGAUCAUAUGAGCCAAAUAUUGCAAAAAUAUCCAGGAGGAUUUGAUCUGGUUCUUGGAGCUGACAUCUGUUUUCAACAAGCUAGUGUUCCUCCACUUUUUGAUACAGUGGAGCAGCUGCUUCAUCUUAAAGGAGGCAAGCAAUGCAAAUUCAUACUAGCAUAUGUAUCUAGAGCUAAGAUUAUGGACUCAAUGGUAACAAAUGAAGCUAUUCGCCACGGAAUGCAAAUCAGUGAAGUACCUGGGACACGAUCUGUGGUAGGAAAUCUUGAAGGUGUUAUCUUUGAGAUUACCCUUCAGUAGAAGAACGAGGCUCACUUGGGGAGGAUCUUUAACGAUUUACAAAAUACUCUCGGAAAAGCAGAAACUCAAAGGUUGCAACAUAAACAGUGCUGUCAUUGAUCAUAAGUGUAAAUCAGCAUCGCAAUCGGUUUUGUUCUUUGACUUAUACAUCUAGAAACAAAAUGAACUUUAUGAGGUGAUUUUAUAAGAGCAUCAAAUCCUCAUAAAAGUUCUUGGUGAACCAAGGCAGUCAUUUUGUUUAUGCUGUCAGGAUUAUGGCUGAACAAGUGAGAUUUUCUUUAUUACAUGAUUUCAGUUAUAGGACAAUGUUAAUGAUAAUUUAGGUUUGAUUUUUCA